AUGGAAAACCAGGCCGUCACGACCGUGGUGUCAUCUACGACCUCUUCAACCUCAAGUAAUUGCAUUGCAAAUGAUAAUGCAUCAGCUAAUGAUAACAACAUCCCGUCGGUCACGAGUAAUGCAUCCACAGCAUCCGCAAUGACAACCCCUUCAGUGGAUACCUCUGUCUCCAAUGGUGUUUAUGUUCCUGGAGGCAUCACAAACGGAGACAUGAAACCUGCAAUCGCCGCCACCCCUCUGUCAGAUUUUCUCAUGCAGUUGGAGGAUUACACUCCCACAAUUCCUGAUGCAGUAACGGGCUACUACCUCAACCGCGCUGGCUUUGAAGCUUCUGAUCCAAGAAUAAUCCGCCUCAUCUCUCUUGCCUCUCAAAAGUUCAUCUCUGAUAUUGCUAAUGAUGCACUGCAGUAUUGUAAAAUGAAAGGCACAGCUUCUGGUAGUUCAAGAAGCAAGACAAAGGAUAAAAAGUAUACUCUCACAAUGGAGGACUUACAACCUGCUCUUUCUGAAUAUGGUGUGAAUCCUUCAAACCCCAUCAACCCCAUCGUGUUCUUCGACAUCACAAUCGGAGGGCAGGAUGUUGGACGGAUGAAGAUCGAGCUGUUUGCAGACGUGGUCCCAAAGACGGCAGAGAAUUUCAGGCAGUUCUGCACCGGAGAGUUCAGGAAAGACGGCGUGCCAAUUGGAUAUAAGGGAUGCACGUUUCACAGAGUGAUCAAAGAUUUUAUGAUACAAGGAGGCGACUUUGUGAACGGAGACGGAACAGGCAUCUGCAGUAUCUACAGAGGCCCUUUUGCUGAUGAGAACUUCAAGCAGAAACACUCUGCUCCCGGACUUCUCUCCAUGGCCAACAGUGGUCCUGGAACCAACGGCUGCCAGUUUUUCAUCACCUGCACAAAAUGUGACUGGCUAGACAGCAAACACGUUGUAUUUGGGAAAGUGGUUGAUGGACUUCUAAUUAUGAGGAAGAUUGAGAAUGUUCCUACAGGACCAAACAACAAGCCCAAGCUCCCCAUAGUCAUCGCUCAGUGUGGAGAGAUGUGA